AUGGCCGUUGCAUCCAUUCAAGACCGGACUGCCGAGUUCAGGACCGUGCUGAGCCAAGUGCAAAGGAGGCAGGCAUCGUCAAAGGUCGGCGCACAGAGGCGAUCACUUCUUACGGACCAGGAGAAGGCUGACGCAAAUGGCGAUGCCACGGCUAGACCGAGACGAUCAGACUUCGCGCGCAAAGCAGCUGAAAUCGGAAAGGGCAUAUCCGCGACCAUGGGCAAGCUCGAAAAACUGGCCCAACUGGCAAAACGGAAAACUCUAUUCGAUGACAGGCCAGUCGAGAUCAACGAGCUCACCUUUAUCAUCAAGCAAGACCUGUCCAGCCUCAACCAGCAAAUCUCCGGGCUACAGAGUCUGACACGGCAACAACACCCCAAGGCCGAUCAAGUAGGAGAACACAACAAGAAUGUCGUGUUCAUGCUGCAAGGGAAAUUGACCGACGUCUCGGCCAACUUCAAAGAUGUGCUGGAACUGAGAACCAAGAACAUACAGGCGUCUAGGGCGAGGACCGACAACUUCAUCUCUUCGGUGUCGCAGCAUACGCAACCUUCGCUACAGCAGUCAGCCUCGCCCUUGUACGGCACACCCAACCGGGGUACUCCAUCACCCGGAGGCGAUACAUUAUCUCUCAACCCGGUAAUGGGCGACCAGCAACUGCUCUUGAUGGAGGAGGCACAACCACAAAAUACAUACAUCCAGCAAAGAGGCGAAGCUAUCGAGGCCAUUGAAAAGACUAUCGGCGAACUAGGGUCUAUCUUUGGCCAGCUAGCACAGAUGGUAUCAGAGCAGAGCGAGCAGAUUCAGCGUAUUGAUGCCAACACCGAGGAUGUAGUAGACAACGUUCAGGGAGCACAAAAGGAGCUGUUGAAGUACUGGUCGCGAGUAUCUAGCAAUCGCUGGCUCAUCGCCAAAAUGUUCGGCGUUCUGAUGAUAUUUUUUUUAUUAUGGGUAUUGAUCGCUGGUUAA